AAUCGCUCCAACUGGUUUACGAGGCGCUGUACUUCUACCUGACGAACAUGGAGAUCAGCAUCUCCGAGCGACUGGGGCAUAUCACGGUGCGAGAAGACUACGACGUCCUGGAAGGCUCCGCGUACAACGCGCGCAUCACUUCGAGCGACAGCAAUGGCGUGACGACGGAGUCCAACACCAUUUCAUUCACGCAGUGGUUCGACCUGGGCGAUCCUCGGUUUGGAGGCGAGCCGUGUGCCAUUGUGGCCGCGGACUGUGUCGAUGAGGAUGAAUUGUACCCCUACCGGCCAUCAGAGCGCGUUCGCAAGGACAUUUCGGGCGCAAUUGUGCUCACAGCGAGCAGGCAACGGGAUAGUGGCGAACUAGUCGUGACCAUGCGACGCGCAGGCUACUUGAAGCUGCAUUGCUUUCAAUUCCCAGUAUCUUCGCUCGCUCAGCAAGAGCUGGAGGCGGGAAUCGCCGAUUGGGGUGCCGUGAUGAUCAAGGCCAUGCGCGAGAUCCUGUACGCUCGAAUCUGAGGUAAAAAGCUCCUGCACGAAACUGCCCAUAACUUACGCUUGCUUCUAUACAUGUAGCUACGAGGGAU